GUCCCAGGACCCAUUUCUCGGGUGGAGUCUUCAGCCCAGGCGGUGCCCAAGUCUCUGAGACAUCCUCCAAUACUCCAUCAUGGCUUGUCAGGGUCUGGUCGCCAGCAACCUGAACCUCAAACCUGGGGAGUGCCUCCGAGUCAUGGGGCAGGUGUCCCCAGACGCCAAGAGCUUCGUCCUGAACCUGGGCAAGGACGGCGACAACCUGUGCCUGCACUUCAACCCCCGCUUCGACGCGCACGGGGACGCCAACACCAUCGUGUGCAACAGCAAGGACGGCGGGGCCUGGGGCGCCGAGCAGCGCGAGACCGCCUUCCCCUUCCUGCCCGGGAGCGUCGCCGAGGUGUGCAUCACCUUCGGCAAGGAAGAACUGACCGUCACGCUCCCCGACGGGUACUCGUUCAAGUUCCCCAACCGCCUCAGCCUGGACGCCAUCAGCUACAUGGCCACCGACGGAGACUUCAAGAUCAAGUGCGUGGCCUUUGAGUGAAGCCAGCCCGCCUGCCCAUGGCCCCUAAUAAAGGCAGCUGUCCAUGCUCCCCAUGAACCAGUCUCCUGCUUUCCACCAC